AAAGAAGUUUGCGAUCCGAAUCCUGGGAUCCAUAAAUUUUUCUCUCAACUGUCUUUUUUUUUGUUUUCCCGGUGAGACAGAGGUGUCGAUCAUUUCGAAACGUACCAGCUAACUCGCGACUUGCUAAAAGUUUUCCAAUCGACUUCCCGUCGGAGGUAUACCGUUUGGGCUUGAUACAACUACUCCCGGAUUCGUUGUUGAGUCGUUAAUUAGAAAAUUAAUCAGAUCAAAUAUAAAUUGAUAUUUUGUACCGAAAUACAUGAGGAACGGAAUGGAAAUGGAAUCCUCGCGAAUCUUCGAAUGUGAAUAGGAUUAGUUGGUAAAAUGGUUCCUCAUUAGCUAUUUCACGUGACAGGUCUCAUUUUAUCUAACUUCUCUUCAACCGACCUUGUGCAAAGAAUGACAAACUUAUCGAUACUUGUCAGACCACAUAUUGCGGUAUCUCAAAGAGCGGUUAUUGCUGGAAUUGGAAUGGAACGUUUCCUUCGCGCUCGUUAUGCAGAAGACUGAAAAAAAAUAUGAAGAGGCUCGUUAGCGGCAGGGGAGAAAACGGCGGCGGGGGAGGGGGUGAAUGUUUGCAAUGUAACUCGAGGGUUCGACUUAGCCAUGCUUGGCUCGAAAUUUACACACAAAGGUAGAGAUGAUACGUGACUUUAGAGAAAAUUUUUCUUUCGUUCAAAUUGGCCAAACAUAAUCCCUUGGACAAUUUGAGACUGUAUUACACGGACUUUAUCCACUUUUCAAACAACAUUUCGAGCGUAACGAAGAGGAUAAAAAAGCAUUAGUCCAAAAAAAAAGUCACGUGUGGGUGAGAAAAUGAAAUUAAAAAAAAAAAAACGAAAAUGAAAAUGGGUCGUUUCAUUAGCGGAGACCACGUCGCAUCGUCUAUAGCACCGAGUAAAUUCGUAAAUUGCGACUCUUCUUCACAGAGCUAUAGCACAUAAUGAGACGUUAUUCAGUUUCAUAUUUCACUUUUAAAACUUGGCAGAGAUUCUUGCGUGCGAUUUAAAAGUAUAUUUGGAAAUCAAAUAUAACGGUGGGUUUUUGUCCCCCUGAAGUUUGAUAUUUCAAUGUCGGAAAAAUAUUUUAGAGAAUUGAUAAAAAUUAUUAUCGUUAUUAUUAUGACUAUACGCAGACGCCGCUGGUGAGGAAAAACAUUCACGUGUAUAUAUUAUCACACGCAGUUUUCCGCUGGUGGCGUAGAUGUAGUCAGACCGUUUCAAAAUGACAAGAAUUUAUCUCGGAACACUAGAAAAAUUACAGGAGGUAAAACAAAUCGCGAGAAAUCCUCCGACGAUUUCAAAAUGAGAAAACACAAUGUAUUAUCAUUAUUAAUCAACUGAUUAUCGGACGAUACUUGAAAAGCGUACCGUGAGUCUCACCAGUGAGAAUAUAAGAGGUUUGCAUAAUUAAGUGCCGGAUAUCCGCGUACGCUAUCGAUCUUAUGAAUUUUCAAUCGCUGACGUUCUUAUUUUUCAUUUCGUGACCCGAUACUCGGAUACAUGUAUACUUAUUUAGAAGUAUUGAAGAGCCACCUGAAACGAGAAACCCGCGCACAGCUGAGAGGCUUCGUUCACUCAAUCAAUCGCAGUCUUUAACCUGGCUUUGUAUUUUCAGUACAAUAUCUCCGAUAAAUCUAACUUAACUCGAUCUAGGAAAACGCGCGUGUGUUAAGCUAAUUUCACCCGUACCGACUCGCCUCUCGUCUAAUUUCAUAACCCGCCAUCUCGGCAAACUUCACGCGACGAGAUCUUUUCCCCCAUACCAGCUUUCAGAUGCGUGAAAAAAAAUUGAAAUAAAAAGGAACAUCGGUAAGGGUAUUUCCACCUCUGCCGUUACACCUCAGAUUCCAAGCAUCGAUCGCUCCGGGCACCAAAGAGACGACGCGAUCCUGGUUCCCGCCGCUUCCUCUCCUCUAUUCCGAGGAUGGAAGAUAUUCCGUUCAUGGCUGCGAGCAACGAACCAUCGUAUGAUAAUUUACGCCACUAUAUGUAUAGCCCUCGGAUAGACUCGAAUCAAUUAUUAUUCGGGGUAGCCGCGUGCGACCUUCGACAUUUCAUUCAGCGAAACCCCCCACGAUUUGCAAAUUUCUUACGCUAACGACCCCGGUGGUAUCAAUUUUCGUUAUUUUUUCAGACCGAUAACGACACAGUCUGAAGUAAAACAGUCCGAUAGACGAGAUUCAUGGGUUGCUAGUAAGAAAAGACCUUUGUCCGAUUAAGUGAUCUUGGAACGCCGUGCACACUGUACGUAAAUAUCCAUACGUAAACAUCGGAACGGUUUCAUUGAUCGUUGUUUACACGAGGCAACGGCGAGCUGAUCUCAUUUUCUUGUAUACCUGUGAGAACAAAGACGGGUUCUCGGUUAAAAUACUUUUUGAAAAAUGUGGCUGAAGAGCCCCUCUCCCGUUUGCUCGACCCUUCAAACUAACCUUAGUGCGGAUAGCGGUCGUUCUCUCCUCAUGAUUCGAGGGGUUUCAUCUACAGAUAUACCACAUUUACAAGCGACACACACACCCCACUUUUUCCAUUUCUCCCCCCCUCUCUCUCUCUCUCUUUCUCUCGACCGUUUGAUUGAGUGUAAGGGGAGACAGAUAAGGGGCAACCAUAAACCCAACGACACAGAUAACGCGCUGUUGAGCGAAGAGAAAGGAAAAAUCCAUAAUUCCCGAAGAGCAAACAAAUUAUUUACUAAAAAAAUGACCUUUGCUACCCUUGAUAGCCUUGAACGAGUCUCCUCUCGUUUAUCAUCAAAGUAUGCUAAUUCGAAAACGGGCGAACUUCGCUCUAAUGACGUCUCUGAAAUGGCAUCCAAGGGAAAGAAAAAUCCGAGUCGAAUACUCUGUAGAGUAUAUGCGUACGUCACGGUUCGCGACGCUCAACGAGAAACGACAGGAACAGUAGUCGACGCUCGGUGUCUAUCAAAGAACGAAUGAAACUUAUAACUCAGAGGGCCUACACUUUACUCCUCCUUUUAUUCGAUGUUCUCGAGUAUGGUUUACUGUGCAGAACUCUCACGCGAGUCAUAAAUUUUCAAGAACUUAGAAAAGUACAAUUUAUCUUAUUCACGGGAGGGAAAGCAAAGGUACAAAUCAACUUCAGGUGUGAUUUCGUUUUCAACAAGUUGAACGCUGGGCAUCCACCCUCCGUAUCCGUUCUAUGUCGACCUUCGCUUUAGUUUCGCAGGAUCAAUAUUCAUCGCUCGAGUAGGUGAAUGUUAAACUUCCCUUCCAUUCGAAAAAGUAAAACUAUCACCUCAUGAAACUUGGAUCGAAUGCGAACCGUACAAACUACGAAAUAUUGAUUACGCGUGUCGCGAGCCGAGUCUUAUUUCACACCCAUCGUCGAACUGUGUAACCGACGCCGCGAGCUGGUCUCACUCGCAAUCAGUCGUGAGGAGGCCCCAGCUGUUUUGCGGUACAAAUGGAGGCCAUCGACUGCAUGACUGAUGGAUUCAGAUAAAUUUUCACCGACAUCCCGAGGAUUUGAUUCUCCUGUUGGAUGAAGGGGCGACGACCGACCCGGUCGAUCUCACCGCGACGCCGAACUUUCUCAAUAUACUGGAGUCUCGAUCUCCCCUAUUUCACUUAUUACAAUUACGCCAGACCCACGCGUAAAACUGUGGUAAUCUUAUGCGACUGUGUGAUCCGGCUCCCCAUUUUCUGCCCACCAUCUCCUAAAUAUUUACGGCGCCGUGACACGUGACUUUCAUCUUAUACCCGUCGUUUUCAGUUUUCCGUCCAGCCGAGCUGAGCUUCGCUCAACAACCCUUUCAUGUGUUGCAUGACUCAUGAUUCAUUAAUUAUUCGCAUUGUCGGGUAGCCGGGGGAAAAAGACAGCAUGAGUUUUAGUUUGCUCGUUAAGAACACGAGUGCAGCGAUCAACAUGCGAAAAUAAUGAAGAAUUAUAUUGGACGUGAUAAGCGGAGGGUGUCUCGGCUCCUCUAUCUCCUGAUAUUUAUUUCAUUAUAACGUUGUUCUGUGUAUCGAGGUAAAACUUGGUCGCGGUUUUGUUAUACUAAAGGUGGUAAUCUUGAGGAAUGCCGCGAAAGUAUAUCCUACGGUAUUGCGGCGUAGUUGCGCAACGGAAGUGUUAUGAAAUGGGAUUUUGCAGUCUACUGAAUUUCUUGUCACGGCGCCGUUGGUUUUAAUCUCGAAUUUUCAAUCAUGUUUACAGAUAGCGAUCGCAGCUUGAAUCCGCCAAUUGUUUUCAUGUUGACAAAGUGUUGUGUAAAUUUGACGAUAUUCCAAUGAUUUCCCCGUUGAGCUGAAAACAUUUUUGGGGCAUCUGACAGUGAAUGAAAGAAUAAGUAAAAUAUUGACAUUGCAAAAGUAACCAACCAAUCGAAAGACCCUGACAACGAAAAUCACACGGACUCAUUCCCAGUGUUUCGAGUGUUUAAAACAUGUGCUCUAGAGAACGGAUCCAAUGGUCCUAAAACAAAGUUUAAUAAUCAAAUAAAUGUCUCAAGAAAUUCAAUAAGCGGAAAUCGGGAGGAGAUAACCGAAUGACUAAUUCACAAUGGAGACACUUGAUUUUGUCGAUCGGAACUCGAGAAGCCGCUGCGAUUACACCGACCGCGAGCGAAAGAUCAGUAACAAAUUUCCGAUCCUCAAUUCGCAGAAGUUAUGGCUCUUCGGACCACGGGAACGUAUCCUAUUAUUUUAACGCGCCCUCCGACAAAAGGACGUCGAACGGCACGAAUUGUUAUGUCAUAAAUUCGAACGGAAUCGCGGGGAAAUUCUAAAGUGCUUACUCAAACCGGGAACCGCACCUCAAAAUGGAGUCUGCAAAGUUGAGUUCCGGACCUGCCCCAAAUAGCCCUCCCGGCGCUCAUCCCCCGGCAAUGCCCGGUUACGGUAUAUCGGGAGAUGGGAGCAUCGAUUACAUAAUCAGCGAUUACAUGGAACGCCUUGGUACGCGAUUGAAUAUCCUCGAGACAGAGUUAAAGUACGCUUGGAGAGCACUGGAUCUCCUCAGUCAAGAAUACAUCAAGAUGUGGGAGCGAUUGGAGAAGUUGGAAGGUUUGCUCUACGAACAGCAGACGGUUAUAAGCCAAUUGAUCGAAUUUUACGCGACCGGCGGCACUCCGGAGGGUAUGACGGGUGUCGGUGAUCAGUUGGUGACGCAGCAGAGUUCCGUUGGCGAGUUGGACGCCAUCGCGGAAAGCCUGGGAGCGGCUAUCGGCAUCGAGGAGACCAGCGUUUUGAGAGAAAAAUUGGCCCAGCAAGAGUUGGCGAGAUUACACGGCAUCACUCAGGAUAGUACCGGCGCCGUGGCAGCUGUCACAGAUAUGCACAGAAACGUCCGUAAUAUUGAUCGCGAGACGUUGGAAACCCUCGAAGAAGAGGCGAAUACGCCGGACGAGGCGUUUUACAGGAGUCUGAAUAACGCCUACCGCGAGGAUCUGAUUUGUGGUGAGACCUCGAGACCAACUUCGCAGCUGGGCAUGAUUUGGGAGGAGGCUGAGGAGGCCGAAGAUGGAAAUGGGAAAAAGGAGGCGGGUGACCAGUUCGAGCGAAUUUCGUUGAAGGAAAAAAUGGACGAAGGUCCGACCGAGGAUGCCGAGUCGUUUGGAAAAACGGAAGCGCAACAAAUAGUAUCCGCACUCGAGGACGGGGAUGACGAAGACGAAGGUGAAAUAUUCAGCGCUGCCGACUACAAAAGUUACCGCGGAAAUACACCGUGCGUCAGCGAACAGGACCUGGCACAACUUUCGAGGCUGAGUUCCAUCGACCAAGUGGCACUCGAAAAACUUCACGAACUGGACAGACUGACCACAAAACUUCAGAAAGACUCGCAAAAUCUCAAAGAAUUGCAAUCCAGAUUGAUGGAGUCACCGAAACGCCAGUACGCUACCGAAAAUGAAGCGAAAUUAGCCGAGGAAUCUUGCAGUAUCGACGAACAGUUGAGGAAAAUCUACGCCGAAACGGACGUCGACAACUGGACGUACUCCAGGAGCCCCGGAUCGACGGGAAGAUCUGCCUCGAGAGUCAGCACGGACAGCGGUAUGGCCACGGAUGCGGAAUUCACCACAAGGUCCAUUUCGCCAAGGGUGAACAAUCAAAGAAGCAGUCUGGACUCAACUUCAUCGACUUACACGCCGCCGAGAUUGGGAUACACCGCUGCUUUGCUCGAAAAAAGUCCAGAGCCGGUGAUUCCGCUCCCGAUUGAUGUGGGAAACUUCGCGAAAGGCUACGCAGAAAAUAAGGAACUUACCGAUCUCAUGGCGGAGAGCUUCGCAACGGUAACCUGCGCCUCGCCAACAAUUUACAACACCUCCACCGACAAGGUGCCGUCCCCAACGCUGUCCGCUCACAGCGUUCACAGCGUACACAGCGUCCAGAGUUUGAGAACGCGGCAAGAUGGUUACUUCGGCAGCGCUGCACGGCUCAAUCUCGAGUUCACGGAGGGUAGGACACCUCCGAGUCCCUCGCCGAGUUCACCGCCGCCCCCUGCCCCCCAGGACUCCGGAGACAGUUUUCUCAUGCCUGGCACGGAUCCCAGAGCGCCGGAUUCCUCGGACACAAAGAGGGCGCAAAGUCCAAGUUUCCCCAGAAGCACAGAAAAGUUUUCAACCCUUGACCAAGGCAGAUUGAGCCCGCGAACUCCACAUUCCCCAAAAUCGCCCAAAGUAUCGCCGAAACACGCAGCGAAGUCGAGCAACGUUAACAUCGUCGCUGCCAAGUCGGAUUCGGGACUCUCCUCGAUGAGCGGAUGGAGUAGUCUCGAUAAAUCACCGGGUUCUCCGAAAAGUUCGAUAAAUAAAAUGAUGACCUCGUACUCCGUGGACCACAGCAGAUCGAGCUUGAUCCCGACAACGCAGACGCUGCGCGUUUCCAGCCCCAUACCGCCUCUUCCCGAAAAAACGCCAAUCUUCACGCAGGAGCCGCUGUACGAUACUCCUGAGGGAAGAGAUGCUUUUGCCAGCUCGUCCCUGGCGAACGCCCACUCUACCGCGGACGCAUUGUCGACGACGAUAAAUCAUUUGUCGGCGUUUACCGCCGUCAAGUCACCCUCCUCCUCCCAAGACGAGUACAACUUCGUACCUCCGCCGGCUCCGAGCUCCGACAACCCCUGUCCGAGUCCUAAGCGACGUGCGCAAAGACAACAAAGUUUACAGCAUACUUACGACUCAGUUCCUACAGGCACUAGUCUAGACUUUGUUUAUCGCUCGGAACAACCUGCCAUAUAUUCGGUCGCCGGUAGUAAUCGUCAACAAGUGAUAACCAGCGUCUAUACCAGCGGUUCCGGAUCUUACGUGUCCAGAACGGUGGAUCCUGACAAUUAUCCCGAAAUAUUGGAACAAUACUCGAACUAUCCCGAAGAUUACAGUCUUCAUCCUUACCCGGCGGCCACCGUCACCAGCAGUAGCACUCAUGGUAAAAAACCAACCAGAGCCAUGUCCUACGGGGAUGGAAUGAUGAAUCACGAAGGCUACAAGACUGCCAUGUACCGCACCAUGUUCCCCACGGGUAACAUCACCGACGCGCUCUCUUAUUAUCCGACCAGUGCGAAUCUCCCGCGUACAGAAUCAAACGAAAACUCGUGGCUGAGCUCCAUGGAGGGCCAAAUACCCCACGACUCUACCUCUUCGAGCAUUCGCUCAUUAACUUCGGACGGCAGCUACGCUCAGAGUCCGUACACGGACAGAAGAUAUCCCAAUCCGCCCGCCUAUCAAUCGCAACAGUAUCACGCUUACGCGAAUCAAAUGUACCCGCAGAACUACAUGCAGCAACAACAGCAACAGUAUCAACAGUAUGGUCAAAGACUGACGCAUUCUGAGAGUGUGCAACUCGUCGAUGGCUACCAGAGACAAUGGCAAAGAGAACACCAGUACCUCCAAGAUCUCGAGGCCCCGAGAUUGUCCAAUAUGGAACAGCAACAGGCGCAACAAGGGGAUUAUUACGAUACCUCCGGGGUGAUAGUAUCGCAGUCCGGCUACAUAAGCAUAUCAGCUGACAUCAAAGAUCACGAGGAACAAAAACCGUCUAAAAAGGUCCGGAGAGGGGCAUCGCUCAAGAGCGCGAUGAGUUCGAUGAGUAACUGGCUGCCGGAUUUGCAUCUCAGCAAAAGAUACAGGAGUCAAUCGUUACCGGGAGGAGUCAGGAGGGAGGAUUUGGACAUGCCUCCGGAUGGGAUUCCUCAACAAAGACCACCCGGUGUUGAAAUACCCGGAAGAGGACGAGGUCGUGUCGGACAAGCGGCUCGAAAGAAGAAGAAGCACACUCUGGUCUCGACGGUCUCGGGGAUUCUGCAAAAGGCGAAGCGCAGGGGUCAUCAGACCCAGUCGCUUUCGGAUCCUGAACAAUCGGAAACGGAAUGGAGCAGCGGACGGCAAAGCGGAUUAUCCGAAGAUGAGGACAGCGCUCUGUCGGAUGCGACGCAAGAUGUUGCUUUUUUUGCCAAGGUGAAAUCGAGUGGAAAGAGAAAGCAAAACCAACAACAAGCCCAGCAGCAGCAACAAGCGCAACAAUUGCAUCAGCAACAGCAACAGACGAUACUGCAACAGAAGGAACUCAUGCAGCAGCAGCAGACAAUACAACAGCAGCAGCAGAUACUCCAACAACAGAUCCAGCAGCACCAGGAACAACUACAGCAACAAGUGGCUCAGGAAAACGUUAUAAAAGAUCAAAGGAAACUGGACGGCAGUGAACACGAGUUCUCUGAUAACGUGGCGGGGGAAGAGGAAGCUUCCGGUAAGAGUACCGGCUCCGGAUCCGGCGGAUCUUCGAUAUUCGCUACCGUUGGUGAUAUCAAAAGGUCGGCGGGAAGCUCGGACGAAGCGCCGAAUGAAAAAACGCCGAAAUUACCACCGGUCACAUUGAUGGGUGGUGCGAGUAUGGAAUUCGCGGUGUCUCGAGCUCUCGGAAAAUAUCGUCAGAGGCAAUCUUCGUCCGUGUCGGAUGACCAGCCUCCCAACGAAGACAUAGGGAUGGACAAGAAAUCGGACGACGGUCUCAUUCAACCUUUGGACACCAAUUUCGAGUACGCCGAAGAGACGGUAUCCGAGAGGGAUGAAAAGCCCAGUAUCGCCAAGCCCCCCGAACUUGUGACGAGUAUAUCCGAGGAGGCUCCGCCGUCCGAAGGUAGCCCUUCGGCGUCCAGUUUACGAGGACAUACAACGAGCGGAAGUCGUUUUUUACCCAGGCAUCAGCAGUCCCUGGAAAUACCUUGGGGACGGAGUGGUGAGGCCGAUGAAGACAACCGGAGUACCCACUCUUAUCGAAGCACGUCCCGCGUGUCUUCCAGGAGACAGAGUACCGAGGAUUCCAUAGACUCGGAAGAUGAGUGGUAUUGUUACGAACUGAGGAAACUCGAAGAACUCGAAAGACAGUCACAGAUGGAGAUGGAGAUGGGUAUUAUUCGCGAGCCAGAUGAAACAGAACCUUUCGAACCUGACGAGGACGUUAAAGAGCGGAUGUCUUUCGUACUUCGCGAAUUAAGGCUGAAGGCACAACCGAAAGACGAGGUGCUCAGCAAGGAGGAGUACGCGCGUAACGCCAGGAUGAACGGCACGAUGAGAGAUCACGAGAAAGAGCGGGAGAUGGAGAGAUCGCGUGACCGGGACGAAAGGCCGAUACCCAAACGAAAAACCGCCGAAAGUGUCGAAACCGUAUUCGCCAGGGUAACGGAUUAUCACACGUGGGCUCACGAAGAAGAAGCCAGAAGAGAGGAGAGGAUGGAACCGCCGGAAGAAGGUUCGUCGGGCGAAACAUCCGGCCCCGACAGUCCCGGACAUUCGAUGGACGAAGAAGAAGACGAGCUCCCGAACGAGCCACAUUCGCGAAGAAGUUCCAGCGGUUCGACGCUUCGCCACGGUGAUAAACAUCUUCCAGGCUCGGACUCGCUGUCCAGAGAAGGUAGCGUAAGUGUACCACCUAGUGAGGUAUCCGUCAGUAUCCCAGGGGGUUGGGAUUCAGAAAGCACUGUCUUAGAAGGUGACAGAGAAGACGCGGGAAGUGAGGAAACCGGGACAACGGCUACCUUGAGUCUACCGAAAAUAAAAAUUGACUCUUCGUCGUGCGGGAGUUCCGACGCAACGUUGAAGGAGGGUCAAGCCAGUCCUGGUCCACCCGCGUCGAAAUGGAAACUGCUGAAGGCGUUGAAAGAAAGAAAGGCCGAAGAAAAACUGAAGGAGGUCGAGGACGCGAAGACCCAAGAAACCACCGUAACCCAUCCUCCGACGGCAAAUGGCAGCGGACCCGGAGGUGAUGCCAGCGGACGCAGCAAUGGCCAUCCCGGAGAUAACCCAUUCUACAGCAACAUCGACAGCAUGCCGGACAUUCGGCCACGUCGCAAGUCGAUACCCCUGGUCUCUGAGCUGGUCUUGAAGACAAUGGCUGCCACCAAGAGAAACGCAGGACUCACAUCAGCCGUGCCGAGAGCUACGCUAAACGACGAGGAUUUGAAGAUGCACGUCUACAAGAAGACCCUUCAGGCCCUGAUCUAUCCGAUAUCAUCGACGACGCCGCACAAUUUCGUACUAUGGACAGCGACGUCGCCUACGUAUUGCUACGAAUGCGAGGGACUUCUUUGGGGAAUAGCGAGGCAAGGAGUGAGAUGCACCGAAUGCGGGGUGAAGUGCCAUGAAAAAUGUAAGGACCUCCUGAACGCCGACUGUCUCCAAAGGGCUGCUGAGAAAAGUUCCAAGCACGGAGCCGAGGAUAAAGCGAAUAGCAUCAUAACCGCUAUGAAGGAAAGAAUGAAGCAAAGGGAAAAGGAGAAACCAGAAAUAUUCGAGCUUAUCCGGUCGGUGUUUGGAGUAAGCGAAAAGAGCCACAUCAAACAUAUGAAGGAGAUCAACCAGUCGGUGUUGGAUGGUACGAGCAAAUGGUCGGCCAAGAUUGCAAUUACAGUGAUUUGCGCCCAGGGGUUGAUUGCCAAAGACAAGAGCGGAACCUCUGACCCCUACGUAACGGUGCAGGUUGGCAAGGUGAAGAAACGAACGAGAACCAUGCCGCAAGAACUGAACCCCGUCUGGAAUGAAAAAUUCUACUUCGAAUGCCACAAUUCAUCGGAUCGCAUAAAAGUGCGUGUGUGGGACGAGGACAACGACCUCAAGUCAAAACUGAGGCAAAAACUGACGCGAGAGAGCGACGAUUUCUUGGGGCAAACUAUAAUCGAAGUCAGAACUCUCAGCGGUGAGAUGGAUGUCUGGUACAAUCUGGAGAAACGAACGGACAAAAGCGCAGUGUCGGGUGCCAUCCGGUUGCACAUAAGCGUUGAAAUUAAAGGAGAAGAAAAGGUCGCGCCGUACCACGUGCAGUACACCUGCCUUCACGAAAACCUGUUUCACAGUCUGUGCGAGGAAAACGGAGGAAUCGUCACUCUUCCGCAAGCGAAAGGUGACGACGCUUGGAAAAUAUACUUCGAUCCCUCCGGAGAGGAACUCGUCGACGAAUUCGCCAUGCGAUACGGCAUCGAAAGCAUCUACCAAGCGAUGACCCAUUUUCACUGUCUGUCGACGAAGUACCUCUGCCCCGGUGUUCCAGCGGUGAUGUCCACUUUGUUGGCGAACAUAAACGCCUACUACGCCCACACGACGGCGAGCUCUGCGGUUUCAGCUAGUGAUAGAUUCGCCGCCAGUAACUUCGGGAAAGAAAAGUUCGUCAAACUUCUGGACCAGCUUCACAAUUCCUUGAGGAUAGACUUGUCGAUGUAUCGCAACAACUUUCCAGCGUCGAGUCAGGAGAAACUUAUGGAUUUGAAAAGUACGGUGGAUCUUUUGACCAGCAUAACAUUCUUCAGAAUGAAGGUUCAGGAAUUAUCGAGCCCCCCUCGAGCGAGUACCGUGGUCAAGGAUUGCGUCAAGGCCUGUCUGAGAUCGACGUACCAAUUCCUGUUCGAAAAUUGUUACGAGUUGUACAAUCGCGAAUUCCAAGUGGACCCUAACGAGGCGAAACGGGACUCGGAGGAUCACGGUCCGCGGCUCGACUCCCUCGACUUUUGGCACAAGUUAAUAGCUCUGAUAGUCUCGGUCAUCGACGAAGAUAGAAACAGCUAUGCCCCGGUGCUCAACCAGUUCCCGCAGGAGUUGAAUAUCGGUCAACUGUCGGCGGCGACGAUGUGGUCCCUCUUUGCGGUGGACAUGAAGUACGCCCUCGAGGAACACGAGCAGCACAGGUUGUGCAAAUCGUCGGCGUACAUGAAUCUUCAUUUCAAGGUCAAGUGGCUUCACGCCAACUACGUCAAAGACGUGCCACCCUACAAGGGGGCGGUGCCGGAGUACCCGGCCUGGUUCGAACCCUUCGUGAUGCAGUGGCUGAACGAAAACGACGAUGUAUCGCUGGAGUACCUUCACGGGGCGUUUAAUCGCGACAAGAAAGACGCGUUCCAAAGAAGCAGCGAACACGCUUUGUUCAGUUGUUCCGUCGUAGACGUGUUCACACAGUUGACUCAAUGCUUCGACGUUGUUUCGAAAUUGGAAUGUCCCGAUCCGGAGAUCUGGAAAAGGUACAUGAAAAGGUUCGCGAAAACAAUCGUCAAGGUAUUGGUCGCCUACGCUGACAUCGUGAAGAAGGAAUUCCCGAGUCACUUGAAGGAGGAGAGAAUAGCCUGUAUCCUCAUGAACAACAUCCAACAACUCAGGGUCCAGUUAGAAAAAAUGUUCGAAUCUAUGGGAGGCGAAAAGUUAGAAGAAGACGCUGCCAAUAUCCUGAAAGAACUGCAACAACAGCUGAACGGAGCUCUUGACGAUCUCGCCAUGCUAUUCGCCAAGAGUUUGGAACCAAGGAUAACGGUUUCCGUGAGAGAACUCGGUGACCUUCUACUCGCUAUUAAAGGUGGUGGACAGGUAACCCUGACACAGCCGGCCCAAAGAAACGCUGUCGCGGUUGAAGCAGACGAUGUUCUAAGGCCGCUUAUGGUUCUUUUGGACGGAAGUCUUUCGCUUUACGCCCAAUCUUGUGAGAAAACUGUGUUGAAAAGGUUACUGAAGGAACUCUGGAAAAUCGUUAUGAGAAUCCUCGAAAAGACCGUUGUUCUUCCACCUAUGACCGACAAGAGCAUGAUGUUCAAAAACUUGACCGACAACGCGAAGAAUUUGGCUGCCAACGCGAAGAUCGAGGACAUGUCGAGACUCUUCAAGAAUCACAUAGCGGGUAAACCGGACGUGAAAAAUGCUCUCAGCGGAGUUAUGGACAUAUCAAAAGAAGUGGAGAAGAAUUUGUCGCCGAAACAGUGCGCCGUAUUGGACGUUGCUCUGGACACCAUAAAGCAGUAUUUCCACGCAGGGGGUAACGGACUGAAAAAGAACUUCCUCGAAAAGUCACCCGAGCUACAAAGUCUCCGCUACGCUCUCAGCUUGUACACGCAAACGACGGAUACCUUGAUCAAGACCUUCGUUACUUCCCAAGUCAACGAAGUGCCGCUGAAUGACAAGACGACGUUACGUCAGCGGUCGAUGAGCAGCGACAGGGGUGACGAAAGCGACCCCGGGGAGGGCAUGGAGGGUCUAGAAGAACCUCUUCGCCAGCGAAAACCUCCGCUUCGAAGAGAGAGCCGCCAAGAUACUACCGGAUCUGACGAAGGUUCUGUGGGAGAAGUUAGCAUCCAAGUCGACCUCUUUACCCAUCCAGGGACCGGCGAGCACAAGGUCACCGUAAAAGUGGUUGCCGCAAAUGACUUGAAAUGGCCCAUGGCCACCGGGUUCCGGCCGUUCGUCGAAGUGAAUUUAAUCGGCCCACAUCUGGCUGAUAAGAAGAGAAAGCACGCGACGAAAUCAAAGGGCAACAAUUGGUCGCCCAAGUUUAACGACACGUUCCACUUUAUAAUUGGAAACGAGGAGCAACUGGAUUUCUUUGAACUUCACAUAUGCGUCAAAGAUUAUUGCUUCGCGCGUGAAGAUCGAUUGGUGGGAGUGGCGGUUAUGCAGCUCAAGGAUAUCGUUGAUCAGGGAUCCUGCGCGUGCUGGUUGUCCCUGGGCAAACGCAUCCACAUGGACGAAACAGGAUGGACGAUACUAAGAAUAUUAUCUCAGAGGAACAACGACGAAGUUGCCAAGGAGUUCGUUAAACUCAAGAGCGAUAUUAGGCAAGAAAAUCCCAUGCCAAAUCCAACUUGAGGCGGUGAAAAUUGAUGGUAAUAAUAAUACAUCACCGUUCAAUUCAUUCUUUGAGCUUCGAAAGAGCUCGGAGUGAAUUUCUCAUUCGAAUGCAGCCUUUACAUGUUCAGCGAUGACUCUGCAGAUCAUAUGUAUAUGGGAGGACGCGAUCUCGUCAGAAAUCACCGUGAUAAAUAAAAGAGAUGAUAAGACAAAAAAAGAAAAAAUAUAAAACAAAGAGCAUUACAGAGGAUGACAUCCUCAAAUCGAUGCAUAAAAUUCGAGCUAAAUUGCCUCGAUCAACUACCUCGUUACAGGGAUGGGAGCCUUUAAUCAUUCGACGAAGACGAGAUUGAUCGAUCUUGAAGAAUUAUGAACAUCGUCAUCGUAAAACUGGUUAUUUACUGUAUACGCAUUUGUACAAAGAAGACAAAGGAAUUAGGUUCCAGGUUUUAUAUAUAUAAAUAAAAGUUAAGUUUCGCUCUCGAGUUUAAAUAAAUUUUUAAAUACCACCACGACAAAGACGACGAGGAUUCGUUUGUUGAUUUCUGAAUGAAACCGGCAACGCAUUACCUCAACGCGUCGAAUUUCAACCCCUCCGACGUAAUAAGAAGACGACCUCCGUCAUUGCGACACCGUGAAGAGAAUUUCUUUGCAAGGACCAAUUUCAAAGUUUUAAACCAAAUGUUAGAGCAAACGCCGUCUACGUUCCUAGAGAGCAGCGCUGAAUCCUAAAUUGGGCAUGGGAUUGAAUUGGACACGUACGAAAAACAAAUCAAUGCUCUCCAUCCGAGAGAGGAAAACCCUGAGAAAAAACCGUAAGACUGUCAUUGCCAAAAAUGAAGGAUUCUGGGUCGUGACUUCAGCGUUGAGAUGAGAGCUACCAAAUGAACUGCUUAGAUAGAAAUUAUAACAAGUGAAACGGCGGAGCUCGAGGGGUCGAAAAUAAAAAUUGAAUCCCGAUCGUGAAAACUGUGCUGCCAGUACGCAAUAUUAAUCAUAUAUUCGUAUCUAAGUUAAAUAAACUGAUUAAAAAAAAUGAAAAAAAAGACCAGAUUAAAAGUAAAUUAAAAAAAGUGUAUUAAUAGCCAGAAAAAACAUGGAACCCACCACGUACUAUACGGACUGAAUAAUAAUAUAAUUUCUAGUGCGUGGGAAAAUUAAGCCGAUAAUAUAUUGAACAAAGUUAUACUAUGUCCAAGCACACAAAUACGAAAACAAUAACUAAGAAUAUACGUAUAAAAACCCUUCGACGGGGUUAAGGGAAGAAAAUGAGAUGAACUACAUGCAAAUUACGGUAUGGCAAAUAAAACUAAGAAUUCUAAGAGAGAAAGAAAUUCAGAGUCUAGUUGAAAAUUGAAAAGAAACAGAAAAAAAGAAAACCGAACUCUACGAGUACAUGUAAAAACUGAUUCGUUCGUUGGCUCGGCAGACAAUUCAUCGUACGUACUUUGAAAUUGUCGACGAACUCUGUUUUCUUUAUAUUUUUUAUCAUUAAUAUUACAAUUAUUGAAUAAUUAGUUUUUUCUUCACCCUCAUUUUCAGUUGGUUUUUCUAGUAAGAUUUAAGGUAGCAUUGAGGACGACCAAAAGACGCGCGUCACGCUCCGUUUAACGUGACGCGUCGCUAGGAAUAAAUAUAAUUACUAUAUGAUAAUGAAUUUAAAGAAAUUAAAAAUUAAUGAAAAAACCAAAAACAUUAUCAUGAAUAACAUGGAAUAAUAUUAUUAUUAACAAAUAAUAUAAUCAGAAAUAA